UAUUAUUAUUUUUAUUUUUAUUUUUUUUACAGGAAAAAGGCUGUAGUGUUCCGAUGUGGUCUGAGGACCGAUUUCUACAAACUACAACCCAUUUACCAUAUAAUUGCUAAAGCAGUUACAGUGUGAUUUGCAGUAUUCAAAUUAUUCAGUGCACUUUUUAAUAAGUUGUGAGGUAAAAAAAAUAUUUGCCAUAUUGAAAAGCAAUGGUGAACACAAAGGCUAUUAUAAUGACAUCACGUGAUGUAUAUCGUGAAUACAUUUUUACUGGUUUACCUUUAUUUGUAUUUUACUACUGAUAUGAUAGAAGAAGAAAAAAAGUUGUGAUAUUUGUUGUGAACUGUGUCACAGAAGCAGGAAUGGUACCCUCAAAGGUGCAACUUUGUAACUUAUCUACCCUUAAAGCAUGCAUACUUGUAUGGCACUAAUAUGCACCUUUGAGGUACUAACCCAGUAAAGAGCUCAAAUACAAUAACAUAGUAUUUUUUUUCUGACUAACCCAGUAAAGAGCUCAAAUACAAUAACAUAGUAUUUUUAUCUGACCUUGUAAAACAGAAAAGGUGCAUGAAAUGUAAAAAAAAAAAAACAUGUCUCCAAAAGCUAAUAUUAAAUAAGUAUAAUUACUUAUUACAUUAUUUAAUAAUUUUAAAGAUCAGCUUAGUUUAGAGAUAUCGGUAUCGACGUCAACAAUACUGGGCUUGAAAAUAUCGGUAUCAGACCGAAAAUAAAAUAAGAGGUAAUGCCCAUCCCUUGGUGUUCAACACCCCUCUAUCGUUCAUAACCACGAAUGGACCAAUCAGCUUUGAGCAAAGUACGUAACCGAAUCCAUUCUCAUAGCAUGCCUGGUAGUAGCAAAAUGGCUUCACCGUACUUGGAGAAUCCUGUAGACAUCGGAGCCCAAAUUAUACAAAGGGCUUUACGCAGGGAAAGAGUUUUAAGAGAUAAACAAAACCCAUUGGCAUUCUCUGAUGAGCACUUAUACGAGAGAUACGGGUUUUCGGCGGAGGGAAUAUUAUAUCUAUGUCGGCUUCUUGAGCCCCAUAUUAAAAACCCGACUCGACGAAGCCACGCGACCACUGUCCCGCAAAUGAUUUGUAUUGCUUUGCGUUUCUUUUCAAGUGGCACAUAUCUAUAUGAGGUGGGCGAUGCCGAAAAGCUCAGCAAAAACACAGUUUGCCGAACUAUUCGUAGGGUGGUUAUCGCACUCCAGAGAUACAUAAACACUUUCAUUGUGUUCCCUGGACAUUUACCCACCGUGACCAUAAAAGAGGGCUUCUCUAAAAUAGCUGGAUUCCCUAGAGUUAUUGGAGCAAUAGAUUGCACGCACAUUCCAAUCUCUACACCAACAAAACAAAUCGAGGCUGAUUAUCUUAACAGAAAGGCUACUCAUAGCCUCAACGUUCAGAUGACUUGUGACCAUCAGUGUAUGAUCACAAGUCUGGAUGCCAGAUGGCCUGGCUCUAUGCUGGACACCCAGAUUUUCGAGAAAUCGUUGUUACGCCAGCGCUUUCAAGAAGGGCUGUUUGAUGGCCUGCUGGUGGGAGACAGAACUUACGCUUGUCAGAGCUUUUUAAUGACUCCACACCCUGACCCUGAGACAAAACCACAACAUGACUUUAACAUGGCCCUCAGUCAAACCAGGCUCAAGAUAGACAUGACUUUGGCCAUUUUAAAGGCACGGUUCAACUGUCUUUGUGACCUAAGAGUAUCACCAGAGCGGGCAUCUCAGAUCAUAGGUGCCUGUGUUAUCCUCCACAACAUUGGCACUAUAAGGAAGGAGCGGAUGCCAAAUGAAUAUCAACUCCCACCUGAUGAUAUUGAGCCUUUCACGGAGGACCAUCCAUCUGGCAGAGGUGUCAGAGAUGCAAUAACAGCAGAAUAUUUCACUUAGCAUUGAGUAAAAGCAAAAUGACCCACGUUUACACACAUUCCUUAACUGCCUUUCAUGUUAAGACAAACAUGUUUCAUAUGUGACCCUAGACCACAAAACCAGUCUUAAUUCUCUUGGGGUAUAUUUUUUAGCAAUAGCCAAAAAAACAUUGUAUUUGUCAAAAUUAUAGAUUUUUCUUUUAUGGCAAAAAUCAUUAUGAU